AUGCAGAAGCUGGAGAAGAGUGUAAAUGAAGGGAAUGCGUAUGGUGCUCUGCAGUUGUACAAGACAUACAGUGCAAGAUAUGUUGCAGCUGAAAAACACAACAACGCCUUGGAUCUUCUUGAGGCUGGUGCCAUUCUUCUACUCAAUCAUUCUGAGGUUACUUCUGGAGCUGAACUAGCUACUUUGUUUGUUGAGACUCUUUCCAAAGGAAAAUUUCCUUUUAGGGAAGAAACACUUGAUCGUAUCAGGAAGAUCUAUCAGGCCUUCCCAAAGUUAUCAAUGCCACAACACCUUAUAGAUCAUGAUGAUGAUGACAUGGAAAAGCUAUCUGAAGCCUUGGUCGCAGCCAAAACUCGUGUUGAAGCUUGUUCUUCGUUCUUGAAAUCUGCAAUCAGGUGGUCUGCGGAGUAUGGGGCUUCAAAAAGUGGCUUCCCUGAACUGCACUAUAUGUUGGCGGAUUACGUAUAUUCGGAAUCACCUGAGCUGGAUAUGGCUAAAGUCACAGUUCACUUUGUUCGAGGGAACAAUCCGGAAAAGUUUGCUUCUACCCUAGUCAACUUUUUGGGCAAGUGCUAUCCUGGAGAAGAAGAUUUGGCAAUCGCACGUGCAGUCUUGAUGUACUUGGCACAGGGGAACCUUAGAGAUGCAAACAAACUCAUGGGCGAGUUACGGAAGCAGUUGAAAGCGAAGAAGCAAACUCUUCCUAAGUCAGACUUAAUGCAAUUUGUUGUAUAUCUCUUGGAAACGCUAGAAAGAGAUGCUUUGCCACUUUUCAGAAUGUUAACGCAGAAGUACAAGCCAAGCAUAGACCGCGAACGCCUGUUUGAUGAGCUACUUGAAGAUGUUGCUGAAAAGUUUUACGGCGUACGGCGGCAAAUUGGUUUUCCUAGCAUGUUUGGUGAUAUAUUCAAGAUGAUGGACAUGCAAUUGUGAGGAGAGCUUGUAUGGUAUUCUCAGACCUUCUUGACAAAGGGUAUUUUUGGAAGUUCAAAAUUGCUAUUUCAUACAAUUUGAAUAUGAUUAUUAUUAUUAUUUGCAUGAUUUCUUGUAUGCCUUUUUCUAUAGUUGAUGUGAGUAAUUUUUUAUUUCUGUUGAGGAAAAUGGAAUUAUAUA